CUUGCUCGUUCUUUUGGUUGACAAUCGCGAUGUGAUGUAUUCUAUCUUCGCAUGCUGAGUUAUAUUUUAAAUCAAAUCUUUUCAUUUUAUAUCAGUUACUCAAUUAAUUUCUAAAUGUUUUCUUUCGUUGUGACCGCCCUUUUCCAUUUUGAUUUCUAAAUAUGUGUAAUUUGCCGCCGAAAUACCAUUCAGUGUGUCGCCUUUGUUUAUCAUUCUGUGGCGAUAAUUGCAGUGAUGUUAAAGUUCCAAUUUUUGACCGUGAUAAGGAUAAAUCUCAACUUUCCGAUAUGAUAAGGACAUAUUUGUCUAUAAUGGUUUACCCAGGAGACCUGUUACCGCAGGUGGUAUGUGGUAGUUGUGCAAACAAGCUGGACGAGUUUCACACAUUUAGUGAAUUAACACAUAGAUCAGAAAGGCUACUGGAACAGUUUCUUCAAUAUGCAAAAUCCUUAACAGGCUCUAAAGAGGAGAACCUGAGCAUAACUGCGGCUAAACUGGAGGAGAUAAUCAAGCCACUGACCGAGAACGAGUACGAUCACGAGACUAAGAUAAAAUACGCGGAAAUAGGAUCUCCGGACUCCACGGAGGAAAUGAAGAACGCGGAGAGUAGGCAAGCAGCGGUCGCGCUCCUCUCUAUCAAACAUUACGACCCCUCCAAAUAUGUGGUCAAACAGGAAGAUGAACCCCACAUAAUGUUUAACAGCGUACCGAGUUUGCCGCCCCCAGAACGAGCGAGAGAGGUGAUGCAUUGUAAUAGUGUCCUGGAUAUUAUAAGCAAAGCUGUGGCGGCGGUGGCGCAACGUGAUAACGAUGAAUCUCAAAAGUACCCAUCGAAUUACACCAGUGUGAUAGAUAGAACGCAAACGGGCGCGACGCAGCCCUACCCGCAAGGCUACGACGAACAAUACUCAUACAACGCGCCGCGUGCCAGCCCGCCCGCUGAAGAAGAUCAUGAUAACAAAGAAAUGGACCUCUCAUUAUACGGACCCGUCAAAAGCGAACCCACGGAACCUGCCGAAGGCACUGAACAAGACAAAAACAUAUACUUCCAUAGAAGUUCAACUCAGAACCUACCAGAAUUUACAGACGACUAUAAGCAACAACCCUACUCCCAUUCGUCGAGUAAAACUAAAACGUCGACCUCUAAGGACACCUCUUCAGUGUACGACGAUUGCAGUCGGAGUAGUAGUGGGUCGGAUCCUGACAGACUUCAAAUGGAUAUAUCACAAAUGUCACAGGAUGACCCAGAAGAAACGCAGUCGGCUCGCUCGGCGCAGUCGUCUCCGCAACCGGCGCAGGAGGGCGAGAACGACAAGGAGUCUCUAUGGCAGGCGCUCCACCGGCAAAAUGGUCGCGGCGGCGAGGCGACGCAACUGUUGCGGCGGCUCAUCAACAGCAAGCAUCUCGGCAUGACAAUCUCCCCACUGCGCAGCACCACGUCACCGCUGCCUCCUAACAUGCAGCAGCCAAUCAACGGCGCUGUCUCACCGAACGGCGAAUGGCAAGGCUCUGGUCGAGGUGCGAUUGUAGGCGGGCUGGCCGGCACAGCUCGCAGGAAGCAGAGCUUCCCGGCGCGGGCGACGCCUGUUGCUACUUCCGACCAACAGGCACCUAACACGCAGUGGACAGCGCCCCCUGCUGACUCGCAAGACCCAAUGGAAGCAUCUCCCCCUAGCGGAGCUCAAAACGCUGGCGGGGCGCGCGGCGCAGCGUCGCGGGUGGAGCUGGCGUGCUCCAACUGCGGCACGCACACCACCACCAUCUGGCGGCGCGACGCGCGCGGCGAGAUGGUCUGCAACGCCUGCGGGCUGUACUACAAGCUGCACGGGGUGCCGCGCCCCACGGCCAUGCGGCGCGACACCAUCCACACCAGACGCCGGAGGCCGAGGCACGACGCGAAGCAUAACCGAAACAAGUCUCGCCGCAGCGGGACGGGCGUCACCGGCGCCGCUCAAAUCCAGCCGACGGCGCCCGCGCCCGCGCCGGCCGCGGACGCCGCGCCCGAGGAGGCGGUGCUGGCGGCGCUGCGCCGGCAGCUGCAGCCGCACCUGCUGGCUGCUCUCCACCACACGCUCACGCCGCGCGCCCAGGUUGGACUAAACGCGGCGGAGUACGAGGAGGCGCCGCUGAACCUGGUCGCGAGCCACGUGGCCGCCGAGGAGACGCACUGACUCUGUGAUAGCGCGCCUUCGCCACGCAACGCCGUAUGACUUCCCUCUCACGACACUAAAUCGUACUGGCCGCUUGCUACGUGAACGUUUGAAAAUAGAAGAGACAUUUCGAAGUACCUAAUUGGCCGCUUGCUUUAGCACAGACUACGAGGCAAUGAGCAAAUCAAAUCACUAAAAUUUAAAAAAAAACUUUAAUUCAUUAUUUUCGAGUUCUAUUUUUAAACACGUAGCACAUGCAUAAAGGCCAUACUAAAAGCAAAAGCCAGUUAAAAUUGAAAACCUCAUAGAAUAUCAACAUAACGGCCUUCCUGUGCGUUGUAUAAUAUUUUUUAAUGCAUUUUUGCAGUUCAACUGCUCUUCCUAAACAUGUAGGUGACAUGUUUGUUUCCGUGUUGCGUGCCCUAUGAAUAUUAGUUAUACUUUCUUAUACCUUCCAACAAUUUAAGAGACUUUGUGAACCAUAAAAAAAUAACAUUCAUUUACCAUAUGCCAGUAGCAACCAUCAAAUACUAGAAUUACAUACAAAAGAUCUAAAUUUUAGUUACUUACGGGCAACACAAAUUAACAUGCACUCUUUGUAUACCUAUUUAGUGAUUACGAGGCCAGUGUAUAAAAUACAUUAUAUAUUACUUAUAAAAUAAUAAUUGUAUGUAUCUUAUAAUACGAUGUUUCCUCUUAUAUUUACUACAUACCAAUUUUUACUAAAGAGCAGUACUGCCCAGUAGGAACUUUUAAAUAAUCCUUAUGGUAUUACAUUACCGUGGCAUUAUCUAUAUAGAAAAAAAGUAUUAUUUUGAAUCAGGGCAUUAUUAUUCAUUUUUGAGGCGUCAAGAAGCAAUAUUCGUGGUCAUUGUCUUAGUGCCUAUUUAUUGUCUAGAAGUGUGACUCCAGAGUGUGGAGGAGUGUCUGUGGAGACGUGUAUGUGAUUGCGCGGUUGUAGGGCCGCGCAUGUAGACGCAGCUGGGUGUAUCCAGUGGGUACAGCUGCCUAAUCGUGUGCCUAUAUUGAACGUAGGAUAUCCUGCGUCGCACUAUUGCCAAUUAGGGUGAAUCUCAUUUUGCUAGUUUUGCACGAGAAUGUUGAACGUAAGAUUAUUUAACGUUAAGUAGAGUUACCUUAUCAUUCAUUAGCAAUCGAGAACCGUUUUACUGACUCGUCUUGUAUAAUGUAAUAAUAUGCAUACAUACCUAAAAUCAAGCCUCUUUCGCGGAGGUGUAGUUAAGACACAUGUUGUAAAAUAAUACAUUCUAUCGCUGCAACAAUCUACUUCUAUAAUUAUGAAUUAAUCGUAUGAAGAAAAGUAUUCGGAAACAGGAUUAGCUUUAAAUUUACCUAAAGAAAUAUGUUAAUUUUCUUUCAAUAUUCUCGUGUAAGAUUAGUUUUAACAGAUGAUAUUUCUUGGGUUUCAUUAAAUCCUUGCCUUAAAAUGCUCUCUUGAUUGAUGAAAUUAUAUUAACGGUUACCUAUUGCAGGAAGCAAGUAUUCAUUUAGGCUAAGAUCAUUUAAGAUAUUGUAAAUUUUAUUUUAUUAGCGGUAACACUUUAAGUUUAAAUCGUAAAGUAUAGUGUCUAAUUUAUUUCUCAUUUCGGUCAGUAUUUAUGAUGUAAGUAUUUUAUUUCUAUUGAGUAUUGUAUUUUCUUUAGUUAGAGCUACGAGAUGUAGUAAGAAGCAAUAAUUACAAACACGUCUACCUUUUAAAUAGAUGAAACCUAAAUGAGCAAUAAUAAUGUUAUGCAGAAAAUUGUAUUUAAUGUCCUUGGAAAAGUAUUUUUGUACCACUAUAUCUCAAUUUAUCGUAGAUCUAGAACUUUAAUAGAGUACUAAUGAUUUCUGGCAUUAUUAAAAUAAAACUAAGAAGAGUUGAUUAUUUAGGUACAAGUUUAUCAUGAAAUUGGGCAUUGUGUCGCAAGUUCACGUCGGCAUUACAAACAUUACCGAUUCACCUCAUUGUGGUCAGUGUUACGAUAUAUUUAUAGCGAAAAGCAUUUACAUAGUGGAAUCCUGGGCUGUUUAGUUAUUGCUUCCGUUCGACUUACGUUAUAUGAACUUCACCGUCCCUUACUUGUCUCUACUUAAUUUAGUGUUAGUUCGUCGAUACCCGCGGGCCAGUAUACAGCUGUCUAUGAGACAUUGUGAUAUGCGAGCCGCCUCGCGGCUGGCGUGUGAUUUUAUUGCAGCUAUCUUUUUCAACUAUUUUCACGACGUCAUACUUAUCGUAUUUUAAAGCUUUAAAUUUGAGAUUAAUUUUUAAUUGAAUUUAUUAUUGGGAACAUUGUCGUAGUAAUUUUUAGUAUUUGCUUACUCUUACACUUCGGAAUAGCAGUUUGUAUUGACAAUAAAAAUUCAUGUUUAGUACGUAACUCUUGCAAAAUUUUUGCUCUCUAUUAUUAUAUUUAGCUCUCUGUAUUGUGUAGGGUCAAAUGCGACGUAGAUACUUAACGAUGGAAUCAAAUUAGCAUCGGAAUGUGCUAUACAUACGUAUUCAUAUUUUAUUAGACAUAUUUUAUUCUGAUUGGAUCUGGCAUUUCAGAAUCUAUUCCAUUAAUUCGUGUCCAGAUAAUGGCACUGAAAGUUUUGUGUCCACUAAUAACGCUGCUUGCAGUAGUGAUACAGUAUUAUUUUUAUUAAACUCUACUCUUGUACAUUUUUAGGUUAAUGGUUUUAUAUUUUUUUAGUUUUAUCUAGUUGACGUCCGAAGUAUUGUAUAUAUAUAUUCACCGAUUGUUUUGCUACAUAAUUGUAAUGUACCUUCAUAGCGAUGGUUGGUCACCGGAGCAGUGUCGCGUCACCACGAUGGUAUCUCGUGAGAAACUAGCCAGUAGCUGUGACCCUAGAUCUUCCAACUUGAUUAUUUAUUACUAUUUAGGUUAAUCUACAGAUAUAUCGUAUAAUGAGUUGAUGAACAAUGUAUAUCGUCAUAUAGCUACUAACAAACCGGUUGUGUUGUGUGUGCUUAUGCUCUAACAUGCAUGUGUUUGUGAUUUCGUUUGUUGUCUCAUCUAAACAGUUCUGCGAACGUCGUAUCGAUUCUAUUAUUUUUUUUAAUUUAUGCUGAAAUAUUGGCUUUUUGUAAGCGUUGUAGAUAUUCCAUUGUAACGUAACGUCGCCUCUCUAACAUUAAGACUGACAAUCGAACUCAAGUUUCUGGUAGUCUUCUGUUAAUACGUAAAUCGUGAAGCAAACGCGGGCCGACCUGUAAUUCAAAUGUGAUAUAAGUUGAGAAUGAGGCGUGUAUCUGAAAAGCAAUAAACAUUGUGAUAAGUGGUGAUGAUCAUUUUUCGUGACCGACAGAUAUUCUGGGUGUUAUUCGAUGAAUAUUGUCAAUUAUUAUAACAUCAUUAAGACGUUGCGCGAAUGGGCACACAGACACCGCAAGUGUCUCAAAUUAAAAUUAUAUAGUUUCGUAUAAAAUUGAAGGUAGCGGUUAGAGUAUAGUGAACUACAUAUAUUUGUAAAAUUGAAACCCUAUAGUGACGCGGAGGCUGUGAGAGCCGGCGUGCAACGUAUACUAUUAUGUAAAAUUCCCCUCUGAUUUUCUCAACCCAAUGUAUAAAAUAUUGUAGACACACCUAAUUUAAGUUCAAUUUUAUUAAAAGACGUAAUAUGUAUGAAUAAAGCAAUAAUUUCAAAUAUAUAAAGCUUAUGGACCAUUUGUUAAUUGUUGUCGUGAAAUUACUUAACUAUAUGUAUUAAUGGUAAGUUUCAGCAUAAAUUAUUCGAUUGAGAUUUAUAGUAGGAGGCCGGAAUACUCAUUGUGAAACAUUAGAUAUUGUUGUAUAGAUGAUAAAUAAUGUGACUUACGCAGGGAUGGAUACUUAAAUUAUUAAAAUUUUAACUGAUAUUGGCUAUGUAGUGAGUAGAAUAUUUUUUUACAAAAUAAUAAAUUAU